UAUUUUGUCUUAAUGCGGCAAUACGUGUUUAUGUAUACUAUGCUCUUUUGUACGUUUGAUCCUGAUAAUAAAUGUAAACAACACGUUAAUACUGAAAAUCCGAUAAGUCAUAUAAACACUAUCACGUUAGGGUACAUAACAAUGUAAAUAAAUUAGUUUCCUGUCGAGAUUAGAUUAUAAUUAAAUACAUUUUGAGGCCAGGUCCAAAUUUCGUGAGUAAAUCUUUCGCGGCCGAGGUAUUUUCGGUGUCCAAUUAAUCGAGAAGGAUAAGGACAAGGACCUUGAAAGUUGAGUAUCAUCUCUGCUGAAAGUGUGCCAGCUGCACUAGUGCCAACGGCCGUCAGUUGCUCUGUGCUCAUUGCACGUCGGCAUCUUACCCGUACCGUCUCAUAUUUUCAUUCCACUUAUUUGAUGAAAAGUGCAACGAACUCAUGUUUUUUUCUGUUCGUGCAUCAGAUUCAAAACGGCUUCGUUUUCUCUCUCUCCCUGGACGGUUCUCAGGGUCAACAUACAGGCCGAGCUAACUAUAGACCGAGACCUUGACAUGACGAGAACACCGUUGCUAAAUAUAAAACGGGUCGGCUUUUGAAAUCGGCUUUGUUGAUGCAAAAUGAGAAAAGACGACGAUGGAGCACCUCCAGGUCUACCCGGUGCACAAGUACCGACAGUACGUACUAGACUGCUGCGACCUCCUCAACUCCGAAUGGCCUAAGAGCAAGUCUGCAAGGCUUCAAAGUCUCUUUACAUCAUGCGACCAAUUCCCAACACAUUUGAUGCUACUUUUAAAUGAUGAACAAGUCGUCGGCCAUUUGAAGUUGACCGAAAUCAAUUAUGGUGGUGAUGACAUAAUGGUCGAGUCAGUCGUGAUUCACCCAGAUCAUAGGAAAAAAGGUUGGGGGAAGAUAUUAAUGGAAGGCGCAGAGGAAUAUGCAAGAAAGAGAGGAAAGAAAAUGUUGUAUCUUUCGACUAGGGGCCAAGAAGGAUUUUACCAGAAACUUGGUUAUGAUAACUGCAAACCAAUUCUUUAUCUUGGCUUUGCCCUAGAGUGGACGCCAAAUGACUGUGAGCCGAUGAAAAAAAAUAAAACCGAGACUUUUGAUUGUGAGAAUGCCCCUCUACCACCUCCUUUACCAUCUAACGAGAGCCGUCCUAAAGCUAAAACUCUAUUUAGGGAUAUCAAAUCUUCUAAAACGUACAUGUGCAAGUCCAUCUAAUACUUUUGAGAAUUAUAUAUAAAGAUGUUAUUUUUUUACCUAAACACUUAAGCACCUAAUGGAGUUGGUUUGUUCAACAUAUACAUUGAUUGUGAUACGGAAUAGUGAUAGAUAAAUGCUUGCCGCAUGUUAAUUGAUAGAACAUUUAUUAAUUUAUUUUUAUAAAUAAUAUAUAACUUAAGAAAAAUAUUUAUUUUUAUGUCACUUUUCAAUUUGAUUGUCUUAGUUUAAAUAAAGUAUUUUCACAUUAACAGUUUCUAUUAAAAACAAUAUUAUUAAAUUAAUAUUGAAAUAUAUAAAUUAAAAUUUAGAUCUGUAACAAAAGUGCAACACCUGCCAAAGUCCAUUUAGCAGGUUUCUCUUUUGUCUUCAAGUUGAAUGUCCAGACAAAAGUUGGCCCUCUUGUCCUCGUUUUGUAAACUGGGCAUUCAUAAACAUUCCGCAUAUCUUGUUUGUCUUGAGGAAUUGCCUAAAAACACAAAGAUUUUUUUUACACCUUUUAACACUUAAUUUAUUCACUAUUAUUACACACACUUGUUUUAUUUUAGUUAAUUAAAAAGUAAAAUAAU